CCGCGAGGCGGGGACGCGCCUGCAGUCACAGGGCUGGAGCAACACGUAGUCACACUCAGGACCCACCCAGCAGAUCCGCACAUUGAGUCGGGCGUGGAUCCUCACACAGACAGACACGCAGUCCGGACCUCCGGGUGACAACAACACUCCAGCAGCAGCGCUCCACUCCAACGCACCGGGACCGCACCGGUUCCCUGGUUCCUCCUGGUUCCUGGCUUGUUCUGAGGAGAGACUACAGAGACUCGUUUGGACUCUUUUUUUGAGACAUUUUUAGGGGGGGUUUCGGUCAAAGCGACAUGGAGAGGAUUACCAGCGCGCAGCCGCCUCCUUAUGUGCCCAAACACGCACCGAUGGAUAUUGCAGACAUGCACGGAAUGGACUUCCCCAUCUACGUGUAUAAGCCGCGGAGGGGCGUGAAGCGCGGCGACGAGUGCAAGGAGACGUAUAAACUACCGCACCGGCUGAUCGAGAAGAAGCGCCGCGACAGAAUCAACGAGUGCAUCGCGCAGCUCAAGGACUUGUUGCCCGAACAUCUGAAACUCACGACGCUGGGUCACUUGGAGAAGGCGGUGGUGCUGGAGCUCACGCUCAAGCACGUGAAGACCCUGAGCGCCGUGCUGGAGCAGCAGCAGCAGAAGAUCCUGGCUCUGCAGAAGGACCUACACAUAAGCGAUCAUGGAGGCGACGGAGCAGAGAGCAGCGAGGAGAUGUUUCGCUCCGGCUUCCACCUGUGCGCCAAAGAGGUCCUCCACUACCUGGCCAGCCAGGAAGGCGGCUCGGACCUGACCCCGUCCCGCGUCAUCAGUCACAUCCACAAAGUGGCGGCAGAAGUCCUGCAGCAUCGAACCGACCUGGAGCCGGAAGAGUCCGCCGCCCAGGCUUCGGAGAAGGCCAGGAAGCCCAGCGGGCAGGCGGCGGGUUUCCCCGAGACUCCGGCUAAGAACUGCGUUCCGGUCAUUCAGAGGACUUACCAGCACGGGACGGGGGAGCAGAGCGGCAGCGACACGGACACGGACAGCGGCUAUGGGGGAGAGCACGACAAGCCCAAAGCCCAGUGGAUGGAAACCCACAGGAAGGAGGGGGAGCUGAAGAGUCUGGCGUCGGAGCGGAUGGCCAGCGCCAUCAAGCAGGAGGGGGACGAGCCUCAGGCCAAGAGGUCGAGAUCAGACUCCUCGGAGGACGAGGUUCUCCCCGCUCACGCGGCGGCAGGAGCUCCCGGCAGCUACGUCAGCUUCUCCCCGAACCAGCCGCCCUUUUGCCUCCCGUUCUACCUCAUCCCCCCCGCAGCCGCCGCCGCGGCGUACCUGCCCAUGCUGGAGAAGUGCUGGUACUCUGGGAACAUGCCGGUCAUGUACCCAGGCAUGGCCAGCGGGCCCGGCGUGGGCCUCGCCCCGGACACCCUGGUGAUGUCCCCGAGGGCCGGGUCCCCGGCGGACUCCCCCGGCCUCCACAACACUUUAAAGCAGGUAUCCCCUUUGAACUUGGAAACCAAAGACUGAGCAGAGAUUCUGUCUGAAUCUUUCCCUUUUGAAUGUUGAAAAGAGGGUUGACGGACUUCCUGGUUACCCUUCAAACCACAGCUGUAGCACAUCGGCACACUGACCCCCCGGGGGCAGCGUGAGCGGCCGCUGCCGUCUAUCAUUAGCCCCUGAAGUCAAGUAGGAGCUAAUGAUAGAGCCACGUGGACUGCCCACAUCAAGCCUCAUGUUACACCCGUUUCACGGCUCUGAAAACACUGUGAAGACGGUCGGCUCAACCAGCACACUAGAGCCCGGAACGCACGGCUUCCUGUCCCGCUGCACACCUACACACCCGUCUAAUGAAUGUAAAGAGUGAUUUCAACCCCCCUGUAAAUGCUGCUUGGACUUUUAUCCGCGGUAGAUCUCUGGAUGGAGGGGUCCACCCUCAGUCUGUAAUGCUUAUACUAGAAUGUCUGGUGACCGGAGACGUGCCGACUCCCUUCACGUCUGUCGUAGCUAAAUGAACACAGGAACUUGGCGGUGUUCGGAGAAUUCAGGUCGCGUGGCCAUACAUGCUUUUACAAUUUAAUUGAUGUGCUUUUUUUUUUUUAGCUGCCGUUCCUGUGAAGUACUGUCUUGUAAUUCCUUUUUUUUUUUUUUUUUUUGCUUAUAAUACUUGUACAUUUCUAUUUUUGAUACAUGACCCACUGAGUGUAUGCGUGCAGCUACUGGAGGAAGGCUGACGUAGCAUGUCGCUGUGUGCAGACAGAACAGCGUGCAGAUGUGCAUCUUUGCCCACGAACUCCGGGUCACGGUGAAGCCGGGUCGCCCCUCACGCCGGCACCCGGGCUCGCUCUGUCCAGAUGAUGCCAGGAGUUUAAACAAACCUGCUUUAACUGUUAUGUCUCUAGCAAAUAGUGUGAAUGUAAAGUUAAAAGUUUGCAUCGAAAGAGAUAAAAUUGAUUUUUUUUAUUUUGGAGUGUAACACAUGGUUGUACAUAGUUUUGUAUAUAAAGUAUUAUUGAUAUAUAUAUUAAAGUAUUAAUAAAGA